GAGAAAAUGUAUUGAGAAUAAUUGCAAAGUAUGGUGUCCUGCAUCCAUUUAUCUGAGAUUGAUGUUCUGCUUAUAAUCAGAAAGGGAUAACUUGUACAAAGUGAAGGGUUAAAGAAUCAAAAGAAUCGAUAGGUCUUUUCUGCACUCUCUGAAACUAACUAAAAUAACAAGAUCAGAAUGGAUUACAUAAAGUCAUAUUUGACAGCCAGAAAUUUUUUUUUGGAAAAAUUUGUCCCUGAACAAAAAAAAGUAAUACAGACUUUAAUCGACCUGAGAGAUGAAAUUCAAAAAGAAACAACACUCCAGAAGUUUGGUUCUGUCGGGUAUUCAUCAGUAGGUCUAAUAAGCGAUGGAGCGAGUUUUGUUUCAUUAUUUGCGGCACCAAUGACAGCUGGAUUAUCUACUGCAAUAUCAAUUGCCCGUUAUGGAGGGAUGGCUUUUGGUUUUGUAGAUAUUGCCCACAGACUUUAUAAAAUGUCCAUGAUAAUGAAAUUGAUUAAAAGAGCUGAAACGAAAUUGCAGGCACAUGAAAUCACCUUUUCAGAUUUUAUCCGACAUUUUCUUCGGAAACUGGAAAGCGACUUUGAAAUUAUUGAAAACAAAUUAAAAACCAUUCGAGAGAUAAAAUGUGAUGAAGAACAAGAGAUCAGCGAGAUUAUCAAACAUUGGAAAGAAAUAGGAAUGCUCGUUGCAGUUCCACCAAAUUUAAAAACGUUUAUGAAUUUAUUCAAUGAGAGUAAAGAAUUAAUUGUACAAUUACUGGUAUCUGAUGGAUUGGUUUGUAGAGGUAUAUCAAUUGCUACAAAAAUAAUUGUACAGAUUGGGGCAAAGCAAGUCGCUGUAGAGAUUGUAAAAGAAAAUGCAAAGGAUUGUUCAGAAAAUAUUUUGGAAAAAGUUACAAAUCAUGGAGCAAAACAAGUUACAAAAGAGGGUUUAAUAGUUGGCACAACAGAUUUUGCAACGAAAAGUGCAACGGAUUGUACAGAACAAGUUACAAAAGAGGGUAUAAAGGAAGGCGCUACCUUUGCGUUUAAUGUAGCUACCUUAGGUGUGGGUUCAGUUUUGGAUGCGUUAUCGUUGAUUAACAGUGUUAAAGAUUUGUCACGAUUUCGUAAAGGCGAACUGUGUGCUGAAGCAGAAAAAUUAAAUAGCGUCAUUAAAAAAAUGGAAAUAGAAUUGGAAAUUAUUAUGCAGUUGUUUGAGGAAAAAUCAAAUGAUGAAACAUAGAUUUUACACUAUGAUGUUGAUUUAGAAACCAAGUACCAAAUGGUUUACUUUUUGUAUAUGCGAUGUAUUUCAGUUUUGUCAACAUAAUUCGAUCAAUUAAGUUUAGUUAUUCAUGGACAAAUAUUAUGGAGGUUAAUUAUCUAUUAACCAUUAUAUUUUAAAGUUUGUUAGUAGAAAUAAUAUUUGAAGACCGUUUUCUUCCUUCAAGUUUAAAAGAUAACCAUACUAUUUAAAAUCUAACUUGUUUGUUAAAGUAGCAUUUUCUUACUGGCUUUGCACGAUUAUGAUAAUGAUAAUGAUAUUUCAGAAUGUUGAAAAAAGAAUGCUUUUGUCGAUCAAAUGACAAACCAGGCAAGAUAUCACAUGACUUUUGUAUCAUUGUCCAGAUUCAUGUGUGCUGAUUGCACACAACCAAAUCAGAGGAUAUAUAUCAUUGUAUGGAAUGAAAUGCAGAAUAAUUUUAUCAAAGAUUGAAUCACAAUCUAAUGGAAAGAGAAUUGUGAUGUAAUUAAAAGCACUGCGUUUUACCUUUCAACGUGGUUACAUAAGCCCUGUUUAGCUUGUAUUUGGUGAGAUUAAAUCGAUGCAUAUCAUUUUAAAAUCAUUUUACCAUAUUUUUGUGAUUAAUAUUCAGCAUCAAAGUGAAAAAUGAUACAUAAUUAGUAAGGGUUUGCAAAAUCAUUCAAUUUGGUCAACUUUAACAUUUUAUCGCCAUUUUAAGCACCGUUUAGUGGAAACACUUUACAGCGCUCACCCAACGUUUAAGGUUUCUUUUAAAUGAUGUAAUCUGUUUUUAAAGUUUUUACAUUUGCAUUGAUUUCCAUGUCUGAUCACGCUACAAAAAUUCAUGAAUCUUUAUCAUUGUUCUUUUUACUUUGGUUUAAAAUGAUUUUACAAAAAUGAU